ACCAAAGUAGUAAUCAAAAGAAUUAUAGUUGAAAUAAAAAAUUGAUUAUGGCAGAAUCAAGCUCAAAACAAAAGAAAUUAGAUGAAAACACAAGUAUUAUGAAUAUUGAUAGAAUUAGUAGUCUACCAGACUCUGUUUUGUGUCACAUUUUAUCGUUCCUCACAGCAAAAACGUGUGUAGCAACAAGCCUUCUAUCUCGUAGGUGGCGUCAUGUUUGGGAAAACAUUCAAGUGUUGGAAUUCCGCGAGGAUUUUCAUGAUUGCUACGAAGAUGAUGAUGAUUUUGAACAGUUCAAACAAUUUUCUGUUCUUGUUAAUGGUGUGCUCACUCUAAGAAGGUCACGUGACAUACGAAAGUUUGUUCUUUCGUGUCGGCAUACACAUGAGGAUAUGUUUUAUGCCAACUCUGUUGCCACAUGGGUUCGUGUUGCCAUUGGGCCUCGACUUGAAGAAUUAGAGCUUAGUCUUUUUUCAAGUGAUGGAGAGGCCUUUGUGAUGCCUUACAAUCUCUUCACUUGCACCAACCUUGUCUCUCUAAGUUUGUGCGGUGGAAUCCAUGUGAAAUUGCACAGUUCAACAAAAAUUAAUUUGCCAUCACUAAAGAUUUUGCAACUGGACAUCGACUCUGUGGAUUGUAUUGACACCCUUCUCUCUGGCUGUUCUACACUGGAAAGUUUGGAUAUUUGUUUUGCUCCUAAAUGUUUGUCCACAAUUCGCAUGCCACAUUCUUUGAAGAGUUUGAAAAUAGGUGUUGAGAAUAAUGAUAUUGGAACUCACUUUGAAAUUGUUUCACCCGGACUCGAAUACCUCAGCAUAAAUCAAAUCACAGCAUUUGGCCCUAUCACUGUUUGUAACUUCCCAGAGGUGACUCAAGUGUUUCUUGAUGUCUUUUCACUCGAAGAAUCUGUCAACGCUUUACUUAAUCUUCUCCUAGCUAUCUCCGCAACAAAUACAUUAGAGCUUCGUCGUUCCACAACAAAGUGGCUACUUCAUUCUCCAGUUCUAAAUUUUCCAGAAUUUGACAAUCUAUAUAGCUUGAAACUUAUUCUUCCAUUUUUCAACUCGGGAUUUCUGCUAAAUUUGCUUUGGAACUGUCCUGUGGUUCAACUUCUUGACAUUGAUAUUGACUAUGAGCCAUCACCUUUACAAAUUUGGGUGGAGCCAACAAGUGCUCCUCAAUGUAUAGUAUCUGUGUUGGACGUGUUUUACAUUAGAGGAUUUCAAGGUUAUGGAGAUGAGGUGGAAUUUGUUGCAUAUCUUUUAAGGAAAGGACUUGUUUUGACCAGAAUCCAUGUUAUAUGUUCAGAUGUCUUCACAGAUGAGAGGACAAAAUACCGAAUUCUCAAAAGACUAUCUUUUGUACCAAGGGCUUCUACCAAGUGUAAGCUUAUAUUUGAGUGAGCUGUGUCCCCUAAUACUAUUCAAGUUGGUAUUUUCUUGGGGUCUCUAAUGAAUUGACUUUGAUUCAACAUAUAAUUGUUACAGUUUCUGUUAUUCUCUAUAUAUGCUUCAAACUUCAUGUGACUAAUGACAUUGAGAACAAGGCAUUUGAAUAUA